AUGGCGAAGCGAAAGACUCAAAAAGAUCCCGAGGACCUCCCCGAUGCGCCCGACGGCAAGAGCAAGAGGAAAAAUGACGACUCUGACAGCGAUGAAGAUAUGGACACUCUGGAUGUAGACUUCGAAUGGUUCGAUCCAAAUCCCGCAGUCGACUUCCACGGUCUCAAGACCCUCCUGCGACAGCUCCUCGACGUCGACAAUCAGCUUUUCAACCUCUCCGAGCUCGCAGAUCUCAUACUAUCGCAGCCACUGCUGGGAAGCACAGUGAAGUGCGAUGGCACGGAAUCGGACCCUUUCUCAUUCCUGACAGUGCUGAACCUCGAAACACAUAAGGACAAGCAAGUAAUUGCCGACCUAACCGCCUACCUCACCCGACACUCCACCACGCCCUCACUCGCACCUCUCCAAACGCUCCUUACCGCCCCAUCCACCUCCCAGAUUGGCCUCAUCCUUACCGAGCGCUUCAUCAACAUGCCCCACGAAAUCGUCGCACCCAGCUACAAGAUGCUGCAAGAAGAGAUCCAGUGGGCGCUUGAUGAGAAGGAACCUUACGCUUUUACACACUACCUUGUGUUGUCCAAGGCAUACAUGGAGGUAGAGUCGAACCUGCCUGCGGCGGAGCAGCCUCCGGCGAAGAAGAAGAAGGCCGCGAAGGGGGGAUGA